AUGGAUAUAAAUGAAGAUAUAGUAUCGCAGUUGAAAAAAGAAGAAGCAAUAAGAAAAUUAAUAGAUUUGGUCAAUGACACUAAGGACCUUCCAUUAUAUAUUAAUUUAAUUAAGCUUGACGGGGUAAAAAAAACACGUAGAAACUUCUUAGAACAAAUUUUCAACCCUAUACUUAAAGCUAGGACACUUGGUUCAAUUAUUGAUGAAAUUCAUAUAUCCAUUGACAAGUUAUACCGUCUUGAUAUUUUCAAUAAUUUUGAUGUAUUACUUGAUACAAGUAACGACCCAUUAGCCCAGAAAGAUGCAAUUGAUGUUUUAUUGUCAGUAAAGGAAAAUAAAAGAUUUUUUAUAAAAACUGGCACAGAAAUUGGAAAUGAUUCUGGAAGUGCGAAUUUGUCAUUGACUGUACGUAAUCUUUUUGGUGGCGCCGAAACAUUGGAAGCAUAUAUGGCAACUAGUACUCAAACUUCACAUAUAUUCCAAUUUUGUUUAGCAACACCGAUCAAUGGAAAUCCAGAUUCCAAAAUCGACAUUUCGGCGUUUAGAAUGACAAAAAGUAAUCAAUCAUACAGUUCUCAUGAUGAAAUCUUAAAAGGUUCUGCAUUAAGAUGGAGAGGAAUAUCAAAAUUAGGAUUUCAUGAGUUAAAUUAUGGUUUUAUUUGGAGACAAAUUUGCAAUAUUAAUAAUGAUGCAACACUAAGUAUACGCGAAUCUGCAGGUCAUUCGCUAAAAUCGUCCAUAAGUCAUACUUUUAUUUAUGAUAGUCGUGAUGAUAUAAUGCUACCAUCUACUGGCUAUUACUUAAAAUUAUUUCAGGAAGUUGCUGGAUUUGGGGGAGAUGUAAACUUUAUUAAAAAUGAAAUAGAAAAUCAAAUUAAUUAUCCACUUGGGAAAGGCUUUAUUUUUAGUGCUUCAUUAAGAAAUGGAAUUUUAUACCCAUUAAAAGACAAAUCAAAGAUCAGUGAUAGAUUUUUCCUUGGAGGUGCACAAUCUGUAAGAGGAUUUAGUUUAAAUGGUCUUGGUCCAAGAGAAGAUAAAAAGGAUUCUUUAGGUGGUGAUGUUUAUUUAGCGGGCGGGGUUAGUUUAUUCACUCCAUUACCAAAGUUAAGGAAGUAUCCUGUUAAAGGUCAUUUAUUCAUAAAUGGAGGAAGUUUAAUAGAAUUUGAUCCUCGUAGAAAUUUUCUCAACAAUUUCAAUAAUCUGACAAAAACACCUAGUAUAUCUGGUGGCAUAG